ACUGCGAUGAUGCUUUUAGGUUUCUUUCCUCUGCUUCUCCUUACAGAUGCAGUUGCUGAGAAGCACCAACCAAAGUGUGAAACUUCUGCUAAGAUCUUUGAACAAAUCCGAGAAAAGGAAGUGUCUGCUCGGGAUGAAUGUAGUUUUCAGGCUCUCUUAAACCACCUGAACAUGUCUAAAAGCAAUGAAAAGUACACUUUGAGUCGACCUGUGAAAAAUCACAACCAUUCAACAUGGAUCUUCCUUGAGAUGAAAGUCUAUGCAAUUCUUGAUGUGAGAGAGACUGAGCAGUCUUUCAUUUCAUAUAUUUGGAUUUAUUUGAGAUGGGACAAUGAGCAUGUUUGGUGGGAUCCAGAACAAUUCUGUGGUCUUGAUCACAUCUUGGUUCCUACUCAACUUUUAUGGAUUCCUGAUCUGACCAUAGAAGAGAUGACAGAGCAGGACAGAACCUCUCCAAGUCCUUAUCUCAACAUUAAACAUCACGGGUGGGUUGAAUUUAGAAAUGACCAAGUGGUGAUCAGCUCCUGCAAGAUGCAGGUUUACAGAUUCCCUUUUGACAUUCAGAGCUGCAACAUCUCCUUCAAGUCUAUUAUGCACCCCGAUGAAGAAAUAACAUUAUUCUACAACAGCAACGACACAGAGAUCACAGAGUGGUCUCGUGAAGCCAUGCAGACACAGUUUGAGUGGCUGUUUGUCAGCAUGACCGUCACAAACAAAACUGUCAACCAUUUCGACUUCAACCAAACAAUGAUCAUCUACACUAUAAACAUGAAGAGGAGGUCUGUCCUCUAUAUUGCAAACUUCUUGCUGCCAGUUUUCUUUUUCUUGUGCCUGGACUUGGGCUCCCUCCUGAUGUCGGACAUCGGUGGAGAGAAAGUUGGCUUUAAGAUCACUUUACUGCUUUCAGUCACAGUGAUGCAGCUCAUUCUCAACGACAUUCUGCCCUGUUCAUCAGACAGGAUUCCCCUCACAGUGACUUACUGCAUUGGGAUUUUCACUCUUAUGUUGAUAAGUCUCUUAGAGACAAUUUUGGUGAUUCAUCUGAUUGGUAAAGAUGCACAACAGGACAAUGACACACCUGAUAAGCAAAGCAUGAAUGAUAGUCAGGAGGAGAAACUAAAAAACAUUCACAGCAGAUUCACAGUGCAAGAGAAACCAAGCCAUAUAGCAUCGGCGAGAAACAUGUCAACCGAAGAAAUUGUGUCCUUGAACAAAGAGGGUAGCACAAGUAAACACAUCGAGGUGUCCCUUGCAAUGGAAAAGAUUUCAGACGAGCUUGGCGAAAGCAAGAAAACAAUAACUCUCCUCUGCAGCAGACAUGAGGAUAUGAAACAUGGCUACUGGAUGAGAGUGGCUCAAAAAAUCAACAAGGUGUUUACUUUUAUUUACAUCAUGGCGGCCGUGUUGUUUUUGUUAACUAUAGCCAUAAUGUGGUAUCCUGCUUUUGAAACGUAAUAAAACAUGUUCAGAUCAGUUCAUUCUUGAUUAAUUAGCUUAUGUUUAGUGUUUUCAGACAUGUCAAUUUAAAUCUGGAUCUAUAAAUGUGGUGUUUUUGUACAGUAGAGCAUAUUUACUACAUACCAAACCAAUGAACUUGUCAUAUGUUCAAAGGCCGCAAUGCUUUACGACAAGAGAGAGAGAGAGAGUUUAAUUUUUUGACAGUGCAUUGUUGCCAGUGGCCUUUAGGGCCACUAAACCUGGAGGUUACAGGUCUCGUUAUUAAAUGUUAAAAGUUACAUGGUGCUGCAUUAAAUAAUAAUAAUACUAAUGCUAUUAUUUAAUAUCAAAAUCUGACUGAACUGUUGAUUCUUUGCAAGGCAGAAUGCGUAACAAUGCUGCAAAGUAUUAGUUUAAGGUUUUGUACAGUGAAGAAAUAUGUAUGUUACUUUUUGAAAUAAUGUAUUAUUAGCUUCCCAUUUUUAUUCUUCAUAAAAAGCUGGUAUUUUAACUGGAGUGUCCAGACAUUUUUUUUUAUCUGUUUUCUGUAUUCUGUUGUGGAAAUAUUAUGUGGCAAAUUUGCUUGUGUGGUCAUUAAUCUGCAUGUGAGAUGUAAGCAUGAAUUCAUGUGUUUAAAUAAAA